AUGCAUCAUUCUUCGGAGUACUACAAUCUUAGCACAGCAUUGCGACAAGGAGCUGUUCAGGAUGUUGCUAUGCUAUUCUUUGACCUAUUACAAGCUAUUGCAAUUCCACCCAAUAUUUUUGUCGUCCAUCGGUACCUGAACAUUAUCUAUCAGUUCUGGAUACACUCAAGCGCAGUACCUUAUUUGGGCCCUCUCGAAUACUUCUUUAACACACCCUCCAGCCAUCGUGUACAUCAUGGUAGAAAUCCGUAUUGUAUCGACAGGAACUAUGGAGGAACCUUGAUCAUUUGGGAUCGGUUAUUUGGCACAUACGAACCUGAACAUAAGGAUGAAGAAAUAGUCUACGGUUUAGUUACGCCGGUCGCAUCAUUUAAUCAACUGUGGUGUCAGUUCUUCGAGUUCAAAGCACUUGGUUACGAUAAAGGCCAGAUGAGAGACGAGAAUGGGAAAGAGAUUUUUCCAGGACUGUGGAAUAAGGUUAAAGCAGCUCUUUGGCCUCCAGGAUACUUCCCUGGCGUGAAGACAAAAUAUUUUUUCAUGUGGCUAUGCUUGGAUGACAAUACUGAUGGAAUACCAGAGAUUGAAAGUCCAGUGGUGCAGUAUAAUCCUCCAUUAACUGCUUCGCUUCGCGGCUAUCUUCUAGCACAGUGGUUGAUUCUGAUCGCCUCCUGGUUAAAGUUUGAUGCGCAACGGCAAAUGCUAACAUGGCCAUACUUUCUUUGCAAUAUAACUUAUCUCAUCUCCUUCUUGCAAAUGUUCGGAUACUAUUUUGAUCAGGACCACAUCUCUGUUGUUUUUGACUGUGGCAGAUUGGUGUUCGCUGCGAUAAUUGGGCUCACCACAUGGGAUGUACCGUUCAUGAUGUAUGCCGCUACGUCAAUAGCAAUCGUCUACAUGCUGAAAUCAGCUGGACAUAUAGUAGCGGUGCAAAAACAUGGACAGUUGAUGCAAAACUCGCAAUAA